AUGAAGAACGUUCUUGUUCCACUACUGCUACACCUGAGUUUGAAUUCUCUGGCCGCCGCCGAUGUUCCUACAUUCACUCAGAAAGACCCGAAAUCCUAUAUUGGGACUACGGGGGCUACUGUUAAUCCAGGGCCUGGGGAUAUUGUGGUAUCAGAGGGGGAUGGCACGACCAUCACAUUUGGGACAGAUAUUUCGGCCAAGAUUCAUAACGUCCUGAAAAGCAGCUGCGCAAAUCCUCAAGACGACAAUUGCAAAAAGCAACUGCAUGAUACUAUGGGCAUUGGCCCAACCGCGGACGGGCUCCAAAAAAGAUUUCUAGCAGGGUUAGCCAUAUUAGGCGGCCUCGCGCUCGCUUAUAUCAUCCCCAUCGUUAUCGAAUACGUAUGGCUUGACAAGGACGAGAAUCUCGAAAACAUAAUUCAAAUAGACAUCCCUCAAGACCAGGUUGACGAGGUCUCGAAGUGGCAACUUGACGAGUUCGUCCCGACGUUCGAUUACAAGCCUAUGACUGGUAAUGGAUUCCCAGUAGCUAUCGAUACUGCCCAGCCGAAGCCUCAGAACAUCCCGGGUACCACAAAGGAGGCCAAUGGCGACGUCACCGUCAACGUCCAAGGUCUUGAUCAGGCGAUCAAAGAUAGCUGGACCAAAGUCAUCUGCGAGCGCGACGGGAAGCGUUCACUCAACAAGCGUGUCACGAUGCAGUGCAUUGUCCAAUAUGCUCAAGCCAUCAUGCGAAUCGCUCAGGUCGGAGGCCCAGCCGCUGAUAUUAUGUUUGUAUCGCCAAAGGACUUUCCGCAGCCGAAAAACCAGCUCUUGGUCGAGGCACUGAAAGAGGAUGAUGACUACGCCAACGACCUGGUCUUAGGUGGAGGACUUGCGGCCGGAGCACGUGGUAGCAUUUCUGAGUUCGCUACUUGGAUGGCUUUUGGAUAUUCGGUCGGCAAUAUUGCGUUUACCGAUGGUAAGAUGAAGUUCUCGGCCCAAUUCUUGGACCAGCAAUUGGAGAUACCGACAGGGAAUUGCCCUGAUGCCUAUUAUACGCCAUAUUGCGAUAAUUGCGGCGGAAACGCUAUCGCGGACGACUUAACGACAUACAAGGGAAAAUGCAAAGGAUUCAGCGAUGAUGAGAACAGUUACUUCAAAAACUGCCCCUGCUACCUAAGUAUUACGGACCCCGAUGGAUAUAUCACCGACGAGGAGCUUCAGAUCUCUCUCGACUUCCUGAAACACCUCCCCGAGGAGAGCGAUGACCAGCAGCCCACGCAAAUAUGCUACAAGGCCGACACGGACCGUAUGAAAGACCAUCAGAAUUGGAAAUUCGUCGAGCAGGUCUCGCUCGACGCAAACAUCGAAACUUUUUGCGGAAACGAUUGGAUCAGAUCACCCCCCGCCACAGGCAAUUGGACGAGCGAAAUGAAGUAUAACCAAGGGGAUGGCGAUUGGAACGCGGUAACCAUUAGCGUCUACUCAAACGGAAACCUCUCGCCCCAAGACGUUCGGAGCCAAUGCGAAACGGUUCUGAAAAAACUUAGCGCCGGCUGCGACCAUGACGAUACCCUGAACCAGUUCAACCUGAAAUGGGGUGGCACAUAUCAGGACGCAAACGCUUUCUGGACUAUUUCGCCCGACAAACCGCGCGUCUACAACCAAACACCCCCAAACAACCAGUUCGACACCGUGCCCAAUGCACACCUCUGCAACCAAUACACGAAGUACUCAGACCACGGUAACACGGGACUCAACGGCAAAGUGAUCGACGAUCCGGCAAAGAUGGCAUUGCAAAUGUGCAUUCACUCGAUGCAGUACUUGAAAGACAACAUAUUUGUCGGCUGCGGAGGGUAUAUGUCGAUGGGGAUCAAGACAGAGAACUAUAACAGUAAUGUUAAGGAAUGUGCGGCGAACACGUGGCAGUGUUUGUCGUAUUGGGUGGAGAAUGGCCAAACUGCUGAGGGAAAAUACUUCCCUGGUUUUGCGCAAUGCAGCGGGAGUCUUGGGUUUUAGGGCCUGUUUUCUCUGGAAUCGAGUUGACGUAGUUAUCUGCAUUCAGAUGCUCUGAAGGAUCUCACGUUUUACAUGUAUUUACUGGCCACAAGUGCAUACAGAAUGAACUGUGGAGGAG